UUUGGGGCACGGGAGCUGGUAGGUCAGCGCUAAAAUUAGACUGCUGCCACCACAGCAGCCAGCUCCAUGCGAUUCACAAAUACAUGUACACCCAGGGAUAGGCCAUCACAAGGGCUGGCAGCGGAGGCAAGUUUCCACGGGUGACAUUUAACGCCAUAGGUUGGCGUGAGGGGGGAGAUGGGAGUAGCUCCGGAUCCAUUGGGGCCAUUUCUGUACGGAUGACGAGUGUGUGACCCACACACAUGCGCUCUCACCUGCGGACUCCGAGUGCGCAUCUCAGCAGACAUGUCGUUUUUAACUAUUCCCUGUCAGGAGAACCUCUUCACCACCAUUAAACAGUCCAAGUCAUCCGAGCAGGCGGAGGACAAGUCCAGAAACAGCGACGAGGAAGAGGAGGACGAGGACGACGAUGACACGGAGAACGUGCGCCUCAUCCCGAGAUGCUCACCGGUGCCCAGGAAGAGAGGGUCGUCCAUUCACGACGAGACCGCCGAGUACAUGCGCAUCCACCAGGCGCUCUCCGCGGGGAAGAGAGUGUCAUUUGCGGACACGACAGGGGGCGAUCUGGUGGAUGUGAAGGAGUUUGUGGCGUUCGACUCGGACGAUGAGGGCGAGAGAUGGGACGAGGAGCGAGCCAAGUAUCGGAGGCCCGACCAAGAGCCGACCUAUCACGUGCACCCGGAGUUCAACUCUCCCACCGGCAGCGCUCUGCUGCAGGCGGUGCACAGAAGCAAGGUGGAGGUGGAGAAGCUUUCGUGUGUGGAGAGCGAGCCUCUUGCCUUCACAGGAAUCGUGAGAGUGUUGAACAUCUCUUUUCACAAAGCUGUUUAUAUCAGGUCCACCAUGGACAACUGGACUACUUACUUUGAUCACCCGGCUGAGUACGUCCAGGGAUCCUGUGAUGGAGACACCGAUCAGUUCUCCUUCAGGUUAUCUUUCGCACCUCCCUUCAUCACGCACGGCUCUCGGAUAGAGUUUGUAGUGCGCUAUGAGACUUCAGACGGCGACUUCUGGGCCAAUAACUCCUCCAUGAAUUAUGUGGUGACCCUGCUUCUGACCUAUGAAGACGAUUCCACGCAGUCCAACACAGACAUGCAGCAGAUAAAGGGAAUUUUGAGACCCCCAAAGGCCUACAGUGAUGUGAAUGAUUUCGACUCAGAAGAUGAAGAGGAAAACAACAAAGAAUCAGCAUCAGAACCUGCUGACCGUGCAUUUCCCAUGGAGUCAGAGAUCGAUGUUGAGCAGGUGGAAGACCCCCUGUCAGGUGCCCCUGCAGCGACCCAGCAGGAGACUCCACCUGCCGAUGGCAUCACUCACACUGCAUCAUCAGAGGAACCUUGUGAGUCCUUUCAAACCGCACCUGACUCAUUCCUGCCGUCAUCACUGGAACUUCUGAGUGAGUCAGACAGCCACGCACCAGAAAUGAGUCCAACAACUCCACCCAGCUCCUGCCUGGACCCAGAGAAUCCAGGGAGAGCGGAGGAAGCCACUCCCUUAGAUGUUCCCUCCACAGAGGCGUGUAGCCACACUCAGACUUUUCAAGCUUUCAUGUCUCCAGGAAGUGAAGAGGAUGUUUCAGUGCCGCUCAGUGAAGAACCAGAAGAAUCACUGAGCUAUGACGAAAGUGACCACUCCCCCUCCUCACCCCCCGAUGAACACCACUAUGUCUCCCCUUUGGACAAGCAAGAAGACGCUUCUCAAACAUCAGAGAGGCCUGCAGAGUCUGAUCAAAACAUGAAUCUAAUGCCAUCCGUCUAUCUGCUGGGUGGAGUGGUCUUCUUCACCAUGGUGUGGCAGGAACCCAGCGUGCUCGUCUCGACUGCACUACUUUUGCUUUUGCAUCGUUUGUGAUGGCAUUUCUGAUCCAGUUCUGUGCCUUCUUAGCUGCUAGCUGUUGAUCUGUGGUGUCAAAUAAGUCUGUUGUUCACGUUUGUAUUUGUUGCGUAGCAUCAAACUUCACACUGCUGCAGAGCAAUAGCAGAGAUGAACUCAGCUUUAACUACAGGCUCACUGGUCACCGGCUUCUAAAAUGAAAUCAUAGCACUUUCCCCCCUUUUUUUGAACGAACCUGGUACCUCAUUUUCACUCACUAAGCAAAAGAAUAAAAAGGUAAACUUACCUAAAUAAAGUAGUGGGCGUUGGCCUUGCACCUCAUAGUACCUCCAUAAAGCAAUACAGUGCAUAUAUUUAUUUUUAUUUUACAUUUUAUUGAUCAUUUUUUGUUACUAUCUUGAGUAAGAGUCUCUUCAGAGUGCACUAUUACAUGUCACCUUUGAAAUAUAAAUCAGUAUAUUGUAAUUUUUCACCUACAUAAAUGAUAAGGUAUUGAGAUGUGAGGGAAUUAUCGGUGGCUCAGCAAGAGUUUGAGAAAGACUAGCUAUAGUAAAGACGUGGUACGGCUCAGGAGAUGUCUGAGGUAAAUACGAAAUAGCUGUUUGGAUUAACCAUCUGCUGGUUGCUAGCUGAAACUUGGAGAAGAGGUUGUGAUGGUAACUAGUAGGUUUGAAAGAAUAAAAAGAUACAGAUGUUUUGAUACGUUUGAUCAUGGCUGAGGAGGUUUGACAUGACCGUGAUCCAGUAUGUGAUCCAGGAAGGUGUUUAAUGGAAGUAAAUCAGAGCAAGGUCUGGGGGCCAUAUGUGGCCAUUUGCUUUCAUUUAUGCGGCCCUAAGGGAGGUCAGAGUAAACAUCAUUUAUUACAAAUAGAAUUCUAAACAGAACCCAAUAGUUUUUGGCUAUUUGAAAAUAAAGGCCUAAAAUUAUACAUAUAUAUAUAUUUUUACAUUGUUUUUCUGUAGAUUGGAAAUUAAAAUCUUGAUGUAAAUUAUUGUCUGUAAAAAUAAAUACGUAAUAUAUAUUGAAAAAAUACCUUGGAAUAAAAUGCCUUUAUAUUAUUAUUUACAUGUUUUAUAUAUCAUAGAAUAUUCAUAAGCCACAUUGAGAAUAAAAUAUAUUUAAACUGCAAAAUAUAUAAUCAAAUAUAACAUUUUUUUACGUUGUUUUGUCACAUUUUCUCUGUCCCUCUGUCUGGCUUGACAGCCCAGAACAACAGUAUAAAAUAUGGUCCUUUAGGAAAUUUAUUUAUUUGCCAACAAAUCAAAGCUUUUAAGAUAGUUAUUUGUGUGUUUAGGGUGUGGUUUCUGAAACAUAGUUUCACUUGCCAUAAAGCUCAGAAGGAGCUUGAUGCUGCUAAAGAGAGGGAGCCGUACCGACUGACCCAUCAGCCUGUAAACACCUUCCUCCUGUCCUCGUGCUGUAGUUUAUAUGUCAACCUUCUGAAACGGUUCAACUCACUUGUGUCUGUGUAAUGUGUGACCUGUGCACAUUGCUGUUUGUGUAGCUCUGUGGUGUUGCUGAACAGGCAACAAAACUCUUUUGUAUGAUACAUAUCACGAGGAAGUCAAGGUAUAAAAGCACACAUAGAAUAUCUUGUGACUAACUCCUGAGCACCUUCUCCUGCAAAUCCUUUCAUUAUGCAGUCAUUUUUGGUGUUUUAUGCGUAUUUGCGAAACUUUUUUGUGUGAAUUGUGUCUUUUAUUGAGGACAUUGGUGGGGCACUGAAGCAUCAUUUGCUUGAGGUUGGUGACAUGCCUUAAUGCGAGUACGGAUCGAGCUUCUAAAUGAGAGUAAAAGUGUCCGCUAUUAUGACGGUCUUCCUCUUUUUUCCUGCUAGUGAACCCAAAUACUAUCUAACUCCUGCAAUAGCUUUCUGUUCGACUUUUGAUCUGACAACGAUAGUUUUGUGCAGUGUGUUGCCAUUAAAUGUGGAUAUCACAAGA